UCCUACACAAGGCCCCGGUCAGCAAGGGCCUUUUCUUCUUCCUUUGCCCCCCCAGAUUGCGCGCUCUCUCCCUCAGAGCCUCACAACUCGGCGACGACUACGCCAAGUGCCCAGGUCUUCUCCAGGCCCGGUCGCUGCUGCUCUACACCAGUUUCCCGGGUCUUCUUCGGAGUUCGGACUCGUCUUCGCCGGCGACGAGCACCGCCAGGGCAGCAGACGGAUGGCUUCGUCGGUGCCGGCGCCAUCGGGGUCGGUGAUCACCGUGGCAUCGUCUUCUUCCUCAGCAGCCGCGGCCGCGGUGUGUGGCACGGGCUCGCCAUGCGCUGCGUGCAAGUUCCUGCGCCGCAAGUGCCAGCCGGACUGCGUGUUCGCACCCUACUUCCCACCGGACAACCCGCAGAAGUUCGUGCACGUGCACCGUGUCUUCGGCGCCAGCAACGUGACCAAGCUGCUGAACGAGCUCCACCCUUUCCAGCGCGAGGACGCCGUGAACUCGCUCGCCUACGAGGCCGACAUGCGCCUCCGCGACCCCGUCUACGGCUGCGUUGGCGUCAUCUCCAUCCUCCAGCACAACCUACGCCAGCUCCAGCAGGACCUCGCCCGCGCCAAGUACGAGCUCUCCAAGUACCAGGCGGCAGCGGCAGCUUCUGCGUCCACGGCGGCGCCCAACGGGCCGCAGGCGAUGGCAGAGUUCAUCGGCAACGCGAUGCCGAACGGCGCGCACAACUUCAUCAACAUUGGACACUCGGCGGCGCUCGGCUCCCUCGGAGGCUCCGCCACCGUGUUCGGCCAGGAGCAGUUCGCCAACGCGCAGAUGCUGUCCAGGAGCUACGACGGCGAGCCCAUCGCGAGGCUGGGGAUCAACGGCGGCUACGAGUUCGGGUACUCGACCGCGAUGGGCGGGUCUGGCGCUGUCUCUGGCCUCGGGACGCUCGGCAUCAGCCCUUUCUUGAAGUCCGGUACCGCCGGCGGCGACGAGAAGCCCAGCGGCGGUCAGUAGGCGGUCCGUGUGAUCGAUCCAUCAAAUCUUGUCAGGUUACUGAUGUGAAGAAACGAAAAAAAAAAUCCAUGAAGUGCUGAAGACCAAGUGGCGUGCAAGGAUUAUCCUAAAUGUCCACCGUUACGACGGAGGGCUAAUUUGCAGUCGAUUCUACAUAUGAAGAGUGCAUGCAUGCUUAUGUCGUUGUUUAAUUAAUUAAUUGCUUGUUUGUUAAUUACCACCUCCCUCCCUCUAGCCUCCAUCCACAAGAUCGUCAGAUAUUUCAUGCAAGCAUCCACAAGUGCCGUCUUAUGUUGUUGCUGUACUGCAAAACAGAAAAAAAUUGCAUGCUUAUCCCUGAUUUUUUUUCUUCUCGGACGACUAGCGCCCCUUUUUGUUUCUAGUUUCUACUAUUCGACCUCUAGUUCUCUACUCCAUGUAUUGCUAGGUUGGCUAUACUAUGAAGUUGACCUUUGAGGAGGUGCAGUUUCUUAUGGCCUGAUGGAUGCAUCUGUGAUUCUGUGUGAUAUACUGCUGCUGCGUGUAUCUUUGCUUUGA